AUGGUGGGUGAUAAUUACUUAACGGUUCAUCCCUGGCAUGAGAAUUUCAACCCUUAUAGGCACGAGAUUUCGUCUACCCUGGUAUGGGCACGCCUGCUCGAGAUACCGAUCCAAUGUUUUCUUCAGGAAGCAGUCAUGAAGAUCGGGAAAUAUAUUGGAACACCCAUCCGUGUGGAUCACGCUACCAGUACUGGAGCCAGGAGUGAUUACGCCAGGGUGUGUGUCCAAGUUGAUUUAACUAAACCUUUGCUGUCCCAGUUCACCAUUAGGGGUAUCACGUAUUUCAUCCAGUACGAGGGGUUGGAGAAAAUUUGCCUGCAGUGUGGUACGUAUUCUGACCGCGAAUGUGGAUGCGGCACCAAGCCGAUAGAGGUAGAGGAGCCAACUCCAGUCCCGGUUUCGCAACCAGCUAGGGCCCCAGACUGUGUGUAUGGCGAAUGGAUGAUAGCGAAAAAGAAACCGAGACCACAAAGGCCGACUGUUCCACGUAACGCACAGGCUGAUCAUGUUGACCAGAGAGGAUCAAGUGAUUCGAGCAAGCAAUCGAUGGGCUCCCGGUUUAAUGUUUUGGACGUGGAGGAGGAGGCGGGCCACCUGGAAGAUACGUCCCCAGUAGUCCAUCCGGUGGAGGCGGGAACAGCUCAGAGUACCCAAGCGCGGACAAAGAAGAAGGAGAAAGGAAAACAUGUCCCACGCGAACCUGCAGUAGAGAGAGAACAAAUAGUUAACCAAGGGGAUAAACAGCCAUUGGCAUCAUUGGAGAAUAGAACAGUAGUGAAGCCAAACUCAAAACUUGGGAAUCCCAAAAACUCUGCGGGAGAAUCAGUGGAACGAGAGGAAGGGUUGGAUUGUGAAAUGGUGGACCAGCCGAACAAGUUUGAAGGUAUAAAAUCCACCAGAUUUGACUCGGGGAAGACAGCAGAGCCGCCUGAUAUACAACCAGGUCAACCCAUUAUUUCAAGUGUGGCUAAAAAAUCAAGGGAUGUCACUGAUAAAGCACACCAUGUAGUCCAAGAGAGCACAACGAGGGUCCUCCACCCGGAGGAGUCUCGAGACACAAAGUGA